GGAGAUCCACCAAAGUUACUUAGACAAGUUCACCUCUAUGAUUCGGACAGUUGGUUCGUCGUGACCACCUCGUGUACCAUCCUCUUAGAAACCGACUGUAGACAUGGCGGAUAAAGAGAAGAAGAAGAAGACCAAAAAGAAGGAGGAGCCGGCGGCUCCUCCGCCCGAGCCAGAACCAGCUCCCGCACCACCCCCAGAAGAAAAACCAGCAACCCCUAGUAGUACACCGAAAGAAUCCGGUUCUACUAGAGCAAGUAGUCGUGGUAGCCGUAAGGCGAAACGCACUGGAUCCAGUGUGUUUUCUAUGUUUACUCAGAAACAAGUUGCCGAAUUUAAAGAGGCAUUCCAACUAAUGGAUCAAGACAAGGAUGGUGUGAUUGGAAAGAACGAUCUCCGCGCAACUUUCGACAGUGUUGGUAAACUCGUUACUGAUAAGGACAUCGAUGACAUGUUAGCCGAAGCUCCCGCACCCAUCAACUUCACUCAAUUAUUGAAUCUCUUUGCGACUCGCAUGUCGGGAUCAGGUACCGACGACGACGAUAUCGUGAUCGCUGCCUUUAAAACGUUCGACGUCGAUGGUAAAAUCGAUGGCGAAAGAUUGAGGCACGCUUUAAUGACGUACGGUGACAAAUUUACCUCGAAGGAGGUCGACAAUGCCUAUGAUAAUAUGUUCAUUGAUGACAAAGGAUUCAUUGACACCGACAGUCUGAUCGCGAUGUUGACUGGCACGGAAGAAGAAGACGAAUAACUUUAAGCGACGAUUUGCAUCAAAAAUUUCUGUUAAAUCUCUGUUCAUCGCAGAGUUCCGCGUUAUCGUUGGCCACGCUUGACCCGCUUCCAAGCCACCCCUAUCGAGUUUCUUGGAAACGGGGAGAGCGCGUCUGCCGAAAAACGGGACUUUGAAAUCUCCAUAUUAUAUUGUUCAUAUAAUAAAAUUAUUUUAAAACUUUA